GUCUUUUUUAAUUCUUUUUCUUGACCUCGUUUGUCAUUUCUCUCCUUUUUUUCAAAUAUCAAUUCUUUUCAAAAAGAUGUAUUAAACGAAACUCGGUUAUAGCAACUUCCAAUUGGCAGACAAAUCUGAAAUCUGUGCGUUUUCACAGGUUACAGUAAAUUACCUUACUAAAAGUGGAAAAAAAAGGAGAGGAGAUGGAUCCGGAUUCAGUGAAAUCAACUCUCUCUAAUUUAGCAUUUGGAAAUGUAAUGGCUGCUGCUGCUCGUGAUUACCAGAAGGAAGUGCUGGCUCAAGAGAAGGCACAAGCAUCAUCUUCUGUUAAUCAAGACAUAGAUCUUGAUGAACUGAUGGAUGACCCUGAGCUGGAAAAAUUGCACGCAGAUAGGAUUGCGGCUCUCAAGAAAGAAGCAGAGAAGCGACAAGCUUUAAAAAGGCAAGGGCAUGGAGAAUAUAGAGAGAUUAGUGAAGGAGAUUUUUUGGGUGAAGUUACUGGUAGUGAGAAAGUGAUUUGUCACUUCUACCAUCGGGAGUUCUAUCGCUGCAAGAUCAUGGAUAAGCAUUUGAAGUCUCUUGCACCAAGACACGUCGAUACAAAGUUCCUAAAGUUGGAUGCUGAGAAUGCUCCUUUUUUCGUUACAAAGCUGGGAAUUAAAACUCUACCAUGUGUCAUCUUCUUCAGGAAUGGAGUAGCUUCAGAUAGGCUGGUUGGUUUUCAAGACUUGGGAGGAAAAGAUGAUUUCAGCACACGGACUCUGGAGGGUCUUCUGUUAAAGAAAGGAAUCAUCAAAGAGAACAAGGAAGAAGAAGAUGAUGAUUCAUAUGGUGAAAGAAAUAGGACAGUGAGAUCGUCAAUCAAUCCAGAUUCUGAUUCAGACUGAUGAGUUAUUUUUUUUCUGUUGCUGGUUUUCUUUUUUCUUUUUCUUUUUUUAAUCCUUGGGAUACCUCGGAGUAUCUACUACAAAGUCUUUGCUUUUCUUGAGAUGAAAUGUACCAAAGAUUGAAUGAGUGGUGCCAUUGUCAGUUGUAGUGGUUUAACAUUUCUAUC